CGCUGACAACUAUAAAAUUUAUUACCAGUGAAUGUGAAUGAAAUUGAUAAGCUUUAUCUUUUCGGAAGCAGAGCAACAAUCAAACUACCAAAAUCAAUUGAAGUUCUGCCAAUUGAAAUAGACAUUUUUUUGACUGCGUGGCUACAAGUUGUGGGCGUGUUUUUAAGGGCAUCCCAGUCAUGAACAAGUACUUAUCGGUGCUACUGCUAUCCGCAGUAAUUGUUGGAGCUGCUAAGCCAGAAGAUAAUGAAUCGUGUUACUCCUUUGCCGGCGGAAAUGUAUAUCCCGAUCAGCCAAAGGGCGACCAUCAACUCCAAUACACCAAGGCAGUCAUUUCCAAGCCAGCCCCUCAGUUCGAGGGAACCGCUGUGGUCAACAAGGAAAUUGUGAAAUUAUCGCUGUCCCAGUAUCUUGGAAAAUACGUGGUGCUGCUCUUCUACCCACUCGAUUUCACCUUUGUCUGCCCAACGGAGAUCAUAGCCUUCUCCGAUCGCAUCGCAGAGUUCAAAAAGAUCAAGACGGAAGUGAUCGGCGUCAGCGUGGACUCUCACUUCACCCAUUUGGCCUGGAUCAACACGCCGCGCAAAGAAGGCGGUCUCGGCAAUGUAAAGAUCCCCCUGCUCUCCGACCUGACACACAAGAUCAGCAAGGACUACGGCGUCUAUCUGGAGUCUAGUGGCCAUGCCCUGCGUGGUCUCUUCAUCAUAGAUCAAGCCGGAGUACUGCGUCAGAUCACCAUGAACGACCUGCCUGUGGGACGAUCUGUGGACGAGACUAUUCGCCUGGUGCAGGCCUUCCAGUACACAGAUACCCAUGGAGAAGUUUGCCCAGCGGGUUGGCGGCCAGGUGCCGAUACGAUCGUUCCUAACCCAGAGGAGAAGACGAAGUACUUCGCCAAGAAUAACUAAGGAUAGCUGCACAUCCCUUUCAUCAGCCAUGCCCAGUUACAUUCCAGAUGUUCACGACUGAAUCACGACUAAAUCGAACAAUAGGCCCCGUCGCUUGAGUCCUUUGUAUAAAAAAGUCCGCAAUGCCACCGAAUGCAGAUGGUUCGCAUUUGUUUUGUAUAAAAUAUAGUUUGUUUAUUUUACAGCAUAACUGAGAGAUAAAUAAAUUGAUGAAGUACAUAUUUAAA